AUCAGUUACUCCCAUAGGAUUCAUACAAGGUAUUGAACACAAGUAUACAUCCAAUAGGAAUGAAAUAAUCAUGGAGCAAUCAGAAAUUAAAAGUCCACUAGAAAAAAGCAUUGAAGAUGAUCUUGAACAAAUUUUGAAAAGUGUGACAUUCGAUGACAAUAUUGAAACUAUUUGUUGUCCACCUGUCUCACCAAUGUCACCAAUUUAUGGGGCUCCAGAUGUCAUUAAAGAAACUGUGCUAGUUGAAAAUAUUGAUGACACUAAUGCCACUAAUGAAUACCAACCACCAGUGAGUGCAAUUAGGGCGCGGUUUGAAGAGUCUCCUUGUACAAGUCCCAAUCAGCCACCUGUAAUGUCAGAAUAUAAAAAACCAACAUCACCAAGCCGGAUAAAGCUAGGACAAAGUAGUUUAUAUACUACGAAACGUACUUCUUGUACUUCACCAACACAAAGACUGUCUCCAAAAGCAGAUGGAGACACAGAUAAAUUAUCAGUAUCUAGCAUUCAGUCUUGUGAACAUGAUGAAACAAACCAAACAAAAACAUUAAAUGUUACCCCAGUAUCAAACAUACUUCCAGAAGCUGCUGAAUCACUUAAGAAUGAAAACCGUAGAACCUUGCAUGUCAAUCCAGAUGACUUUGAGGAUGAACUUCAAAAACAAUUAUGUGUGAAACAUGAGCAAAUGGUGGCAGAAAGAAAACAGGAACAGAAAAUGGCCUCACUUGAACGAAUACGAUUGGAGGAAAUUUUAAACAUAUGUGCAGAAUAUGAACAACAGGAACAUGAGGGCAUACAAUCACCAACGCAUGUUGACGUAAAUGAAUCAGUGAACAUUGCUGUGCAGAUUGGUAAUGAAACUAUCAUUAAGAAGAAACGCCACCACCAAAACCACCAAGAAUAAAAAAACCUCAAAUAUCAAAGCAAGUUUGCAAUUUAGAGGAGAUAACUUGUGAAAUGGAGAAUUUAGAGAUGGAGCGAAAGAAGUACGUAAAGAAGAUUGAGGAACAUGAAAGACAGUUACAAGAAUUAGAUAUUGAUGCAGAGGAAGUUAGGAGAGAAAUUGAGAUUGAGAAAGCCUUAUUGGAAGGUGAACACAAAUCAGAGAUGGAUCAACUCCAACAAGACUCAGAAAAAGUAGAAUCUGUGAAACAGUUCAAAAGACAAAUCAGUCAUUCUGCAGUACAGGAACGACAAAGGGAAAACAAACUAUUUGAAGAUGCCAAACAGAAUCUUGAAAUACUGGAACAGGAAUAUGAUGAACUCGAAAUGAGACUAGAGUCUUGUGAUGAGAGCGAAAAAGAGGAAUAUGAACUAAAAUUGAAACUGAAAUCUGAAGUCUUAGAAGCUGAGAGAAAGAUAUUUGAAGAUUUAGAAUUCAGACAUUUGGAGAUGGAAUCAAGGAUGGAAGAAGAACAAGAAAUUAUUGAACAGGAGUUAAGUCGGGAAGAAGAUGAAAAGAAAAAAAUAAUCAGUGAUCGUGUGGCCUUGCAAAGAAAUGAUGAACCCCAGGAUAAAUUGGACAAGGCUAAAGAUGAAUUAGAAAAUAUUGAAAAUAGAUAUGAUGCAUAUGUAGUCAAAGCCAGAGAAAUAGAUUGGUCAUUGGAUAAUGUGCAAAGCAUUAAUAAGGUAAUGUCUCUCAUGUUACUCACUCCCAGGCAUGAUCUUAUGUAUCUGAAAUAG